AUUAUUUAAAAUAUGUUUUCAAUAAGAAAUGUUAUUUCGAUAUUUCCCCUAUUAAUUUAAUUCCCUUUCGCUAGAUUUAUAGAAGAUGUGACCUUCCACCAGUCGUUGCGUGGUGCUGCUGUGUUCGACCAGCAGGGGGCGCGUGGUCGACGUCACCAAAGAUUGUCUGUCAAGAACAGGAGGUGUUACCUUGGACUUAAUCUCAUGUUCAAAGAUGUAUUUUUUUUCUCAUCGGGGAACAUGACCUCGGCCCACUGAUGCUCAGUCAGAACUUACUCCUUUUACUAUAUUGAACAUUUCAUCACACAGCAUUUGUCCGACUCUUGAAUGUUUAAACAAGAAAUGUCAUUAUACUCAAGUUAUAUAGUAUUUAGUAGUAAAGGUUUCAGCUGCUUUGAUAUUGUUUGUUGGCAUAUGUUAUACAUUCACAACUGUAUAUUCUAAUUUUUGGCCUCAGAGUGAAACCUCCUCAUUGUUUACCUCUUCUCUCUACGUCACAGGGAUUUUCCAUUGGGGAAGGAAAUACAUUUUACGAACAAACCGAGAGAAAAACUUCGACCUGCUCGGGAUUUUAAACAUUGCGUCGCCCUCACGUCAUAAAGCCGUAUUUCUCUUCACCGAAACGGUCAUGACGUGGUCGCGUCGCGUCGUGACGCGCUGCAGUUGAACCCGGUCGCUGUAAAUGGACCCUGAGGUUCGGCACGAUGUGCAGAAGUCAACAGAAGUGAAGCGGAUUGAAGGGCUGUCACUCACAAGUUAAUGUUGAGAACCCGACCGAUAACCCGAGCCACCGGUGAAUUCGGCUCGUAUAUGGAACCUGGAAGUCUUCGCUUAGGUGUACUUCAUGCGGAAAUUGCUGCAGUUUCACCCGCUGGACCCCCAACUUCACCCCAGUCCACGUUUUCUUGGCAGGAAAAAAAAAACAUUAUGGCUGCUGACGACCACUACCCUCAUCCCUCCAACCAGAUUUUCGACAUGGAUUCCAUGUGGGACUUCCAACCUUUCCCCCCAAUUUCUCAGACCCCCUCUCUGCGGACAGUGGACGGACCCUUCCUGCAGAUAGUGGAGCAACCGAAACAACGGGGCUUCAGGUUCAGGUACGGCUGUGAAGGUCCGUCUCACGGAGGCCUGCCAGGUGCCUCCAGCGAGAAGACCAGCAAGACCUACCCCGCCGUCAAGAUCAGUAACUACCAGGGUCCGGCCCGGGUGGUGGUCCAGCUGGUGACGGCGCUGACCCCCCACCCUCAGCUGCACGCCCACAGUCUGGUGGGAAAGCAGUGCGACAAAGGGAUCUGCGUCACCGACCUGCAGCCCAAAGACUCCACCAUCAGUUUUCCCAACCUGGGCAUCCUCCACGUGACCAAGAAGAACGUGGCCAAGACCCUGGAGGAGAGGAUGGUGGAGGCCACCCGGCUGGGGUAUAACUGCGGCGUCUCCAUCCACCCCGAUAUCGACGUCCUGCAGGGGGAGGUCCGAGUCCCCCGAGAGCUCACCGACCACCAGCGCAAUGUGAUCAGCAGCGUGGCGUCUCUUCAGGCUAAAGAGAUGGACCUCAGCGUAGUGCGGCUCAUGUUCACGGCGUUCCUCCCUAACAGCGACGGAGGUUUCUCCAGACGACUCGAGCCCGUCGUGUCGGAACCGAUCUACGACAGCAAGGCACCUAACGCCUCCAACCUGAAGAUCGUGAGGAUGGAUCGGACCGCUGGCUGCGUGAGCGGUGGAGAGGAGGUCUACCUGCUCUGUGACAAGGUCCAGAAAGAUGACAUCCAGGUCCGGUUCUAUGAAGAAGAUGACUCGGGGUUGACCUGGGAGGCGAUGGGAGAUUUCUCACCUACAGAUGUCCACAGACAGUUCGCCAUUGUGUUCAAGACUCCAAAGUAUCGAGACCAGAACCUCCAGAAACCGACGUCAGUUCUCGUCCAGCUGAAGAGGAAGUCUGAUAACGAGACCAGCGAACCCAAACCCUUCACCUAUCACCCUCAGAUCAUAGACAAGGAGGAGGUGCAGAGGAAGAGACAGAAGACGUUGCCAAACUUCCAGGACUUCAGCGGGCAAGGAGGAGGUGGUCUGUACCGAGGAGGAGGAGGAGGAGGAGGAGGAGGUGGUGGUGGACGAGGUCCUGCUGGAGGAGGAGGACCUGGCUCUGCUGGAGGAGGAGGUUACUACCAUGGUUUUAGCACCUACAACUAUGGCGGAGCAGGAGGAGGAGGAGGAGGAGGAGGCGGAGGUUUCUCCACAGGAUACUCAGCUGGUCUGGGUGGAGGAGGAGAAGGAGCCGCCGCCAUCAAACACGCCUCCGAGGGCAACGAGGCAGCGGACGACGAACAUCCGAACGACGAUUCGGGGUUGGCCGUUGGGCUGAGCGCUACAACCCAGCUGAGAGGCCCGGUGGCGGGGGAGGGGCCUAAGGAGGGAGGGGUUGAGGGGGAGGAGCCAGAAUCAGCCACAGAUGUGCAGUGCGGCGUUCAGCUGGAGGCCCUGUUCCAGUACUCGGUCACUGGAGACUCAGCCUUCCUAUUGGCCACGCAGCGUCAGCUGAUGAGCGCACAGGACGAGGACGGAGACACUGGGCUCCACCUGGCGGUCCUCCACAGCCAGAAGGAGGCGCUGAGGAGUCUGACUCAGGUCGUCUCUGCUCUGCCCGGCGAGGAGGUGCUCAACAUGAGGAACCAUCUCUACCAGAGUCCUUUGCACCUGGCCGUGAUCACACAGCAGAGGGAGGCAGUGGAGGCGCUGCUAUUGGCGGGUGCCGACCCAACGCUGACAGAUCGUCAUGGCAACACGCUGCUCCACCUGGCGUCCAGGCUGGAAGGAGGAGGAGGGGGGAUGGUGCAGUUUCUACUGCAGCACAGAGAGAUCAGAGAACUGCUGGAACACACCAACACAGCUGGUCUGUGUGCGAUCCACCUGGCGGUCCUGGCCAAUCAGCUGUCGUCUCUCAGGGAGCUGCUGGAAGGCGGGGCUGACGUGGAGGCUCAGGAGCGCAGUUGCGGACGGACCGCCCUCCACCUCGCCACCGAGAGAGACAACGUGUCGCUGGCCGGCUGCCUGCUGCUGGAGGGAAACGCUAAAGUGGACAGCUUCACCUUCAAUGGCUCCACCCCCCUGCACAUUGCUGCAGGACGAGACUCCGUCAAGCUGACCGCUCUCCUGAUGGCCGCAGGCGCAGACCCUCAGAAGGAGAACUUUGAGCCGCUCUUCUUCAGGGAGGAGGACUGCUGCAAUGAAGAAAAGGAGGAUGAAGAUGAAGGCUACAUCCCAGGAACCACUCCUCUCAACAUGGCCGCCACCACUCGGGUUUUGGAGCUUCUGCAUGGUAAAGAAUACAAACCAAAAUCUCUACAAAGACCCUUCAUACCUGCUCAAGGCGAUCUGGCGAGUCUGGACGUGGACGUGAAGCAGCAGGUGUGUUGCGCCUUGGAGAGUGAAGGAUGUUGGGAAAAACUGGCUCACAGUCUGGGCCUCGGGAUCCUCAACACAGCCUUCGGUCUGAGCCCUUCUCCUGCCAAAACACUGCUGCAGAGCUACGAGGUUUCAGGCGGGACGGUCAGGGAACUGCUGGAGGGUCUCAGGUCAGUUGGCGAGUGCAGAGCGCUGAAUGUCCUGGAGGAGGUGCUGCGUCACCACGACGAGAAGGAGGAGGUGCUGCCUCGCCCUGGCGACAGGGGGGAGGAGGAAGAAGAGGAGGAGGAAGAAGAGGAGGAGGAAGAAGAGGAGACGCAAUCGAGUGACGGGUCUCGGGUUCAGGACCUGAAGGCGGACAUUCGGAUUGACAGCGGCGUCUGUGACAGCGGGGUGGAGCUCUCCACGGCGUGAUCGCCUCCAUCAACCCAUCUAAUCCAACUCCAGUGACGCGAUCGAUCGGAACGCUUCUCAACCAAAUUUAGAUUCAAAGUUGAGAAACGAAAAGCGAAAUAAUUGGUUUGACGGUUUUUAGACCACACUACACUCCAAAGGCUCUACCAAAGAAUGUAAACGUGGGUUCUGUAACUCGCCAAAACCACACGUGCCAUGUGGUGGACAAAGUAUUGAUUGGAUUGACUUCAUGAUAUCUGGAGUCGUGCUCUGUUAGCUGCCGAGCUAACGGUUUGUGUGUGUUUGUUGUUUUUCUACAGCAGACAUCUGUCUGCAGGGGAAAGGUGCUAUCAAUGCUGAAUGAUUGUAAAAAGGUUAAUUUACCCAAAAGGAUCCGUUCAGUGUGUUUCAAAUCUGCCUGAGGAUGAUUCCUCCUGUUCCUGCUUUAAAUACACUGCCCAGCUUUUUGAGGUAAAGAUUGACGAGUUCUAUAAAACACAAGGAUCUCUAACACCUGUCAAUCACCGUCCAGCCCCGCCCUAAAGCAUCCCCUGCUUUAUGGUCUGGCUCUAAAUAGACCAUAAUUAACUAAACAUCAUGCUGUAUUGAAGAAGAAUUAAAACUAGAGAGAGAGAGAGACCAGAACCUCAUGUUUGCAAUGUUUACUGAGGGAAUAAAUCAAGAGACGUCGAGCCAUUUUCUACAUGAAGCUUUGGAUUCACUCUGCUUCCUGCUCAGUUUGACUCUAAAUGCUGACGUCCCCUUCUUCUAGAGUCUGAAGGUGUGCGUUUGAAACUCGACCAGCACUGUCCGACUGAGAUAUAGGACUGUGUCAUAUCUAAACUGGUUUUAAUUGUUUAAAUGCGUUUCAAAUUAUAUGCUUCUCACAUAUUGAGAAUAUGUUUCUCUCUGCGGGUGGAGGCGAACUGUCUCCCACAAGAAAAGGAGCUUAAGUAUCUCAGCUUCUUGUGAGGUUAAGAGGGAGCGGUAGACCUUCAGGCGGAUUGGUGCAGCUGCAGCAGUGAGACCCGUCUUAGUGAAGAGGGAGACGAGCGUCCUGCGUUCCCACCCUCACCCUUAGGUACAAGCAGCCGUAGUGAGUCCCGUCCAUAGGAGGGCCGGGCACGGCAUCAGAGAGAGGGCCAGGAGCUCGGACAUCAGGAGGAAACUCGGAGUUGAGGCGCUAUUCCUGCGUGUUGAAAGGAAAGAGGCAUCGAAUAAGGCCACCCGGGGGCCUCCCGCUGGUGGGAGACCCGUGUAAAACCCAAAACCAGCUGGAGGGAGGCUCAUCUUUAAUGAGAGAGCUCAAAGUUAUAGGUAAAGUCGUGUUUUUAAUAUUUUGUAAUAUCCUACAGAAAAUCUCCACAUUUAACUAAACACAGGAAUAAACCAAUUACUUAAUUGAUACAUUUUUAUUGGGGCAAAACUGCUUUAGUGGGCUGCAUUAUUAUUAUUUAUAAGAUAAAGUAUUUGUUGGUAUGAACACGAGGAAUCAUGGCAAACUGUCCACAUAUAAAGAUUUUAAUAUUGUCUUGAGACAGAUUUGAAAAACAGUGAAACUCUUUUUUAGUGUGCAUGUUUUUAAAAAAAUCAUAAUUAAGUGUUUUUUAAUCUAAAAGGGCCAUUUUUAUUUUCUGUCCGCCAAACUGAUGAGAUCUUUUGAAGACUAAAAAAACCCUCAAAAAUUCAAUUCAAUUCAAUUCAUUUUAUUUUUUAUAGCCUAAAAUCGCAAAUUACAAAUUUGCCUCAGAGGGCUUUACAAUCUGUACACAUGCAACAUCCUCUGCCACGAAACCCUCACAUCGGCACAGGAAAAACUGGGGAAAAAAAGAGAAGAAACCUUAGGGAGAACGUCAGAGGAGGGAUCCCUCUCCCGGGAUGGACAGACUGCAAUGGAUGAACCAAAAGCUCCUCUGAUAUUUAUAUCUCUGCCCUGCACUGUACAUUUUGACACCAGCUUUUCAUUAGUUAUUUUUUAAAUAAAGUUUUUCAUAUAUAUUUGUAUAUAUGUAUAAGCUCUGGUUGUUUGUUCAUUUACAACUGUAAAUAUAUUCUUUUAGUUUAGUAUAACUUGAACGUAAAAGUGUCCUUGAUUUCAGACAGAAGUUCUGCAGUAAUGUGAUAUUUUUCUAUAAAUACACACAUGUGUGUAUAUAUUAAUUUAUACAAUGUU